AUGUCUUCUUCGUCUUCUUCAUCUUCAAUGAAUCGUCUCAGAAAGAGGUGCUACUGUGGUGAUCCUGUAGGAAGAUGGACUUCAUGGACUCCAUUAAACCCAGGAAGAAGGUUUAUAGGAUGCCCAAAUUACCAGAAUGGACUCAAAGAUUGCAAGUACUUUCGUUGGGUGGAUCCUCCUCUACCAAGCCAGUGGUAUGCAGAUCUGUUAUUAGUAUUACACAACAAUGUCGAUUUGGAGAACCAUCGAAUAUUUGGGGAGUUUGGGCAAGAACAACCAGCUGGGAACUUUUUUGGAGACGUUGUGGAACAACCAAUGGCACAACAACCAAUUGCACAACAAGCAGUGGAAGGAGGAAGAUGGAAAUCAUUGCUUUAUGUCUCUGUGGUUUUUUUUGUGUUUUUGUUGGUUAUGUUGAUGGAUUGGUAG